AUGGAAGCUAAACUUUACAGAGCUGCCCUUUAUGGAAGUAGUACAAGUUCUAAUAGUAGCAGCACCAAGAUUAAUGAUAGUACGUCGGAGUUCAAUUUCAGCGGUGGUGAGGAUUCCGAUGUUCUCAAAGUGACAAAGUACCAGCACAACACCAUACUUCAUGUUGCAGCAAAAUCCGGAAAUGAGAAGAUUGCGAGGAAGAUCCUUGAAGCAGAAGCCACACUUGCGCUCCAGACAAACAAGAAACUCGAUACUCCACUGCACAUCGCAGCAAGGUUGGGGCAUGCGGAGGUGGUGUCUCUUCUAAUGACAACGGAUCCAUCUGCAUUGCAGAUGGUGAAUAUGGCCAAAAACACAGCACUUCAUGAAGCCGUGUGCAAUGGCCACCAUGGCAUCGUGGAGUUAUUAGUUGAGAAAGAUCCUAGUUUGGCAUCUUUGAGAAAUGAUGCUGGAGAAUCCCCUCUCUUCAUGGCUUUGGAUAGAAAAUUCCACACAAUUUCUCUCCUUAUCUUAAAAAAAUGUCAUGACCAUGAGGGUUUGUUCUUUCAGGGAAGAAAUGGCAUGACUGCCAUGCAUGCGGCUGUAAUUCGCUUGUCCAAGAGAAAUAAGGUUGUGCAAAUAUUGGAUAAGCUGUGCAAAAAGCUUGCCAAGCGUUGUCCCAAGUUUAAAAAAUAUUGUGACUUCAUCAAAGGAUCACCAUUUGAACUCAUCCUAGAAGAAGAGGUUUUACCAAAGGUAUUGGAAAAAUGUGGACAUGGGAUUUUAGAAGUACGAGAUGAUUUUGGAUGGCUGCCACUUCACUAUGCUGCAGAAUUGGGCCAUGUGGAAAUUGUCAAACUAUUUUUAACAACAAACAUUAAUCUUGCAUAUGAAAAAGACAGUCAAGAAGGCAUGUCCGCACUUCACAUUGCAGCAAGGAAAGGAUGGAUUGGCCUACUAAAAGCGCUCGUUAAGGAACGUCCAGAUAUCUGUGAAUUAUUGGACAAAAAAAACAGAACGGCUCUUCAUGUUGCUGUGGAAUGUGGAAAGAAAAAUGCAACAAAGACUUUGUUAGAUAUGCUGGAUUUUAAGGAUCUUAUAAAUGAUCAAGACAGAGAAGGAAAUACAUGUCUGCAUCUAGCUGCUCUUCAUGGACAUCAUGCAAUUCUGAUAAUGCUGGCAAGUGAAAAAAGAGUUCAGAAAUCAGUUCUUAAUAACAAAGGGAUGACUGCUGCUGACAUUAUAAAAUCAAGCAUGCAGUUUAGUACAGUUGACAAGGUAAGCCCCAAAACCACUUCUUGGAUUCUUAUAAUGCAUAAACAUGUUAGAUCUAGCUACCAAGCUAUAAAAUGUGCAACAUGUUUUGAGUUAUGCAAACGACAAUCUAAUUAAACUAAACACUUGCAGAGGUUUCUCAUGUCAACGAUCAAGAGUGAUGGCCAUUUCAAGAGUCUGGAAAGAAGAGUCAUCAGAGAAACUAAAACAGAUCAUAAUCAAACUGCAGAUGAUGAGAUCAAACGAGGAUAUGAUAUAUCUCAAGAGACCAAGCAGCUCCUGAAGUCGAAUGCGCCUGUAAACGAUCUGCAUGAGGCAUCUUCAGCAGCAAGUACUAGUGCCCAAGAAAACCAUCAGGAAAAGCAUGAUACUGGCAAACUGGAAUCCAAACAAAAUUCAUAUGAACAAUAUAUAUACUCAAUCAACUUGUUGGUAGCCACAAUCUUUUCUAGUAUCACAUUUGCGGCAGCCAUGCAAAUGCCUGGAGGUUAUGGCAGUGAUGGCACGGCAAAUUUAAGGGAGACUGUAGGUUUCAAGAUUUUUCUGAUAGCUGAUUCAGUGGCUUUUGGUUGUGCUGCAGCCUCCAUGUUUAUCCACUUUGGAGUUGCAUUUUUUUCAAAGUUAUUACAGGUUAAGUAUUCAUAUCCAGUCUACUGUGUGAUGGCAUUAACUACCAUCUUCAUUACUUCAUCAGUACUGGCUUUUAUUUCCGGAGCAAAUGUGGUGUUUCAACGUAGUUCCUCGCGUGGUGGCUUUCAAGUUGGUCUCCCUGUGUAUGUUGCUUCCCUUUCCUUCAUGAUCCCCAUAUUAUACUUCUUACUUCGAAGUCUAAUUGUUGCGGCUC